UGUUCUGGGCUGUGCCAUUUUACAAGAAGCAAGUCUACUUUUCACUGACAAUUUGUUUGAUAAAAUCUCCACGAAAAACACUCACAAUGACUGAGGAAAUACGCUGGGCUUUACAAAAUGGAGACAUGGACAAAGUAAACGAGCUAUUUUCAAAGGGAUUUGAUGCAAACAAGGAGAUGGGACUACAAGGCAGAAGACCACUACAUAUAGCUGCAGACUAUGGACAGAAAGAUGUCUUAGCUCUCUUGUUACAAAAAGGUGCCGACAUUAAUGCUGAAGAUAGAAAUGGAAUAACACCACUUCUGGCAACGAUAUGGGAAGGACACUACGACUGUGCUGAAUUUCUGUUAGAAAAGGGAGCAACUCCUAAUGGUAAGGCACCAGAUGGCAGUACAUAUGUAGAAGCUUCUGAAACAAAAGAAAUAAAGGAAUUGCUCAAGAAGCAUGGAGCCAAGUAAUUCUUGCCAAAAUCAACCAAAUAAGAGAUUUAGUAGUAAAAAUAUUCUUUGAAACCA